AUGUCAUCUAGGAAGGAGUCGUCAUCACUGCCAUCAUUUGUUACGUUCAUACUUUGAGUACGAGCGAUUUUUUCUUUCGGCAAACAUUCUGCUCGUUCCUUGUCGUCAUUCAUGGUGCGAAAUCGUUUGAGAGGCGUACUGAAGAUAGAAAACUCACGGUCGAAAGUGAAGAAUAUCAAUUUCAAUUUCGACACACUCAAUCAAAUUGAACAAAUUGAAUAG